GCCUGGCGGAGGUGGACGCCGAGGAAGCGAUGUGAGAGGCCAGCGCCCAGGCCAAAGGCCAAUGAUGCUGCUAGUGCCGAAGUGGAGAGAAUGGGGAAAAGGAUGUGAUUUGAGGAAGGCAGAAGAAGGAAAGUGGCAAGGGAGGAGAGAAGGUAAACAGCCAUUUGAGGGAAAGAAUGUUUUAGAAGCAUAAGUUUACUUGAGGAUAGCAGACAACUCUCCAGCUCAUCUUCAUGAAGCUGAGUUAGCAUCAGAUUACACUUCAUGUCAGUAGAAAUGGACAGCAGCAGUUUUAUUCAGUUUGAUGUGCCCGAGUACAGCAACACAGUUCUGAGCCAGUUAAAUGAACUCCGCCUUCAAGGAAAACUGUGUGACAUCAUUGUGCAUAUUCAGGGCCAGCCAUUCCGAGCCCACAAAGCCGUCCUUGCUGCCAGCUCUCCCUAUUUUCGUGACCAUUCAGCACUAAGUACCAUGAGUGGCUUAUCCAUCUCAGUGAUUAAGAAUCCUAAUGUCUUUGAACAGUUGCUCUCUUUCUGUUACACUGGAAGAAUGUCCUUACAGCUGAAGGAUGUUGUCAGUUUUCUCACUGCUGCUAGCUUUCUUCAGAUGCAAUGUGUCAUUGACAAGUGCACACAGAUCCUGGAGAGCAUCCAUUCAAAAAUCAGCAUUGGGGAUGUUGACUCUGUUACCAUUGGUGCUGAUGAAAACUCAGAAAACCGCAAUGGAGUUAAAGAGAGCAGCUUCUUUGCCAACCCAGUAGAGAUCUCGCCUCCAUAUUGCUCUCAGGUGCGUCAGCCAACCACUGGCAAUGAUCUACGGAUGGAGGCAACUCCGAGCAAAUCUCUGCGUGGCCGCUUACAAGAAGAAGGCCACUCAGACCGAGGAAGCAGCGGGAGUGUCUCUGAGUAUGAGAUUCAGAUAGAGGGUGACCAUGAACAAGGGGACCUGAUUGUGAGGGAGAGCCAGAUCACAGAGGUAAAAGUGAAAAUUGAGAAAUCAGACCGACCCAGCUGUUCAGACAGUUCUUCCUUGGGUGAUGAUGGCUACCACACUGAGAUGGUAGACGGUGAACAAGUGGUGGCAGUGAAUGUAGGCUCCUAUGGCUCUGUGUUACAGCAUGCAUACUCCUUUUCCCAAGUAGCCUCUCAGCCAUCAAGUAUAUCAGAAACUUUUGGGAACCUGAGCAACUCCAGCCCAUCCAGGUCUAUGCUAAGUUGCUUCCGAGGGGGCCGGGCCCGCCAAAAGCGCCCCUCCUCUGUCCAUCUGCACAGUGAUCUGCAGAGUUUGGUGCAAGGGUCAGAUAGUGAAGCUCUUGUGAGCAAUCCUGGGUAUGAGAGUAGCCCCCGGGAGAGGAGUGCACGAGGCCACUGGUAUCCAUACAAUGAAAGGUUGAUCUGCAUUUACUGUGGAAAAUCCUUUAACCAAAAGGGGAGCCUUGACCGGCAUAUGCGACUCCAUAUGGGAAUUACCCCUUUCGUAUGCAAGUUCUGCGGUAAAAAGUACACACGAAAGGACCAGUUGGAGUACCACAUCCGUGGCCAUACUGAUGACAAGCCUUUCCGCUGUGAGAUCUGUGGGAAGUGCUUUCCCUUCCAGGGAACACUUAACCAGCACCUGCGGAAAAAUCACCCAGGUGUGGCCGAAGUCCGAAGUCGCAUUGAGUCCCCAGAAAGAACAGAUGCAUAUGCAGAACAGAAAAUUGAGAAUGAUGCCUCCAACUCAGAGGUGGGGCUGGAUUCCAGUAUGGAAGUUCACACAGUGUCUAAUGCCCCUGAUUAACAUGUUGAAUAAGUGCAACCCAAACAAAGCACACUCAUCAAUGCAUUUAAAAAUUUUUUGCUGUAGGUAACUCUUAGCCCAGUUACUGACCUGACCACCUUGAAACCUAGUAGGUGCACAGUAAAUUUUCCCAAGGUUUCUAGAUAGCACACUUUGCCAUUUUUGUUCUUUGCUUCCAAGGAGACUUGGGUAUAUGUGCGUUGAAAGAGUUUAGAAUCCGAAAGGCCGAAAAUACAGGGAAAACAUGGGCUGAUGCUAUUCCUCUGGAUGAAUUACUUUAAUCCCAAUUCUGGCAGUAGCAUAGCUAAGCCAACUGGGUUCACCCUACCUUUGCUACCCUGGGGCACAUAUUCUCUCUCUGUGUGCAUGUAGGUUUCUAUGCAUGUGCAUGGAGAGAGAAUAGCAUGUCCAGAAGAUCUGAUGAUUACCUUUUAGAGUUGAAAAUUACUUUUUUUGGUAGUUAGAAAAUUUAUACAUAUAUAUAUAUAUAUAAUAAAGCAUUUAUUAUAUAUAUUACAUAUAUACAUUCUUAAAUUUGCUUUUAUUCUGGUUGAGGUGAAUGUAAGAGGAAUAUGUAAGUUAAUAUAGUGUGUACAGGGCUUUUUGACUCUUAAUCUCAUCUCUGCCUAAUAUAUUUUAAGACCUUGCUCCUUUAUCCCUUGAAGAAUGUUAUUUGGUUUUCUUAUAUAUUAAUCAUAGCAUCCAAAAGUCAGCAAAGCAAAUGAUCCUGUUUUUUAUAACUCCAUAACAAACACAUAAACCAAAUGCCAUAAAUCUAUUCAACUAGUUAGAAUUGUUUGGAAUUUUUGUUAGUUGUCCAGUAGGUAAGCUGGAUGACAUGUGGUGCUGCCCUUUUUUACACAGCUGUAAUGUAAUUAUCCAACCCUAAAGUAACAGUGGUUUUAAAUGUUUUUACUGGCCUAAGAAUCUACCUUCAUUUCGUACUGUAGAAAUUUAAAUACCAGGUAACUAAAUCAAAUCACUCUACAAGAUGAGUUGCUACUCUCACUAAAGGAAGAGGGGGUUGUAACUCUGACUAUAUCUCCACACAGUGUUGAUAUAUAUAUAUAUAUACAUAUAUAUACAUAUAUAUAUUUUUUGUUGUUGUUUUCUCCAAACAGCCAGUUCAGGUGCAUAGUAACUUUCUAUAUUGCGGUUCCUUGUGAAACUGCGAACUUGGAAAUUUGUACUUUUUGUAAAGAUAUAUUCUACGGGAAUCGCAAGCAAUAUGUCUAUCUUGUGUGCUACACAAAGCCACAGUGGCUUCCCCAUUCUUUCAGUGGCUAAUCAGUGUUUCCUGCUUAAAGAAACCAACCAUAAGAAACCCUCUUUAAGAUACUUUGUGUGUGUCACCAAAUAUUUGUGUGUCACCCAUUUUUGUUUUAUGUGGUGCUACUUUUAUGUUUAAUAUCAGUUAGGUCAGUAUAAUAUAAAAAAAUGUGAAACCUAAUGGUGAUAGUGAAUUACAAAGCAACAGGUUUUUUUCCUCUCUCUUUUUAGUUUGCUUGAAAAAGAGACCUCAAAAUCUUGUGCUGGCAAACACAUUACUGUAUAAGAACAGAUGUGAUCCCUAUUUGAAGAUUUUUUUUUAAUUCAUUAGGAAAUGUUUUUAGUUCUCGACAGAGUGCUCAUAUGUGCUUAUAGUGUACCAAAAGAUGCUUUACACAAAAAAGUUGAUUUGGUUUGGUACUGUCUAUUCUGGUCAAUUGAGAACGAGUCAUAGUCAUGAGCAGGGGCUCUGGAGGUUGCCACAAAGAUGGCCAGCCUUCCGUAAGCUCCCUUCUGGAGCAGUAACUUAGCUCUGCAGACUUGCUGUGGAGAAGCUUCUCAGCUGAAAAAGAGUAAAAUAAUUUUAAAAAAUGAGCUGUGAUUUAGUUUA